AGUUAACUUCAAGGUGUUGCAAUACAUAAAUUCGAUCACGAUCAAACUUUUGAGCAAGCCUUUCCUGGUUAAACAGACCAGCCCCUUAUAAUUGGAAAGAAGAUCGUCCCAUUACAUCCGCAAGAUCCGAAAAGAACAUGACAGACCACAAAUCUAAUGUCAAGGAAAGCGAUAUUAGCAUCGAAAUGCAGACCGACGCCUUGGAGGUUGCCAUAAAGGCUGCCAAGGAGCAUCAAAUGGAAAAAGAUAUCGCUGCUCGGAUCAAACGUGAGUUUGACAAGCGGUACCAUCCCACUUGGCAAUGUAUUGUAGGGCGUACCUUCGGUGCCGAUAUAGCGUACGAAAGUAAGCACUUUAUCUUUUUCAACAUCGGGCAGCUCUCGGUGCUCCUCUGGAAAACAAGUUAGAUGCAGGUGACUCUCCUUUUUGUGAAUGUGUGUGUAUAGCGUCAACUAAUCGCCGUUGUUGUGCGCAAAGAGGUGUAUUUGUGUGUGUGUGCGCAGGGCAGCAACGGCAAUACAAGAACGGCUGUAGAAUGACUCGGUUUGUCCUCACUUGUGUUUUGCUGCUCUAACUGAUGUAAAUAAAACUUGUUCCAAUGGUUGCUCUAUGGAGAAAAUGUCCUUUUAUAAUA